AUGGCUGUCGCACUUCAUGGAUGGCACCCUGGUGAGGUCGCCAUACAGCGCCACCUCGGCUUUGCAGAUGCGGUGAGCGAUAGCUGGCCAAUCGUGGCAAGAAGUAUGCCAGAUCAGCAUCGUCUUUUCCACACGUCAAAUUUGAAUUUCAUACCUGUCACCACAAUCGAUAAACAUGGCCGUCCUUGGGCUUCUAUUAUGGCUGGACCAGGCGGCGAAAUCGGCUUUGUGACGAGCCCAAGUCGCCAAACAUUAUCAAUCGUCGCUAGGUUAUGGGACGGUGACCCAAUACUGGAAACUGUGGCUGCAUGGAUGAAAGACUCUGGUAUAUAUGAGACUGACAGUCACUUGAUUGCUGGUUUGGGUAUUGAAUUCUCGACGAGGAGGCGCAACAAAUUCGCUGGAAGGAUUGAUGACAUCCACCCCUUGGAAACUCGAAUUUUCGAUUUGAAAUCAAUAAACUGUCCUAAAUACAUCAACGUUCGCAAAUUGGUCCCAUUCGCACACGCACGACCAAAGGUCGUUCAUCAAGUCGAGCAACUACAACAAUCCCAGAGGCUUCCGCAGGAUUUGAUUGAUUUUAUCUUGAACGCUGAUACCAUAUUUGUGGGGUCUAUUUACAAGUCUCAGAAGUCAACAGCAUCUCAGUUUCCGUCGCACGCAGGAAUGAAUGCCCGGGGUGGCCUACCAGGAUUCAUCCGGGUAAGUCCAUCUGACGGGCGUACCAUUGUGCUGCCUGACUACUCCGGUAAUCGAUUUGUCUCAAGUCUUGGAAACAUCGAGGCCACGGGUCUGGUUGGAUUCACUAUAGUCUCAUUUACAACAGGAGAUAUCCUCUACCUGACCGGCACGGCCAAGAAUAUCAUCGAUGCCCUGCCUCUUCGCCAACAAGCCGGAACCUCGGUCGAGCGAAGUCCCUACAGUCCAAAGAUCAAGUACCUUGUUGAAGAGUCCGGAGCAGAAUCAGGCGAGAAUGCGGACUAUAAAGCUGUAUUGGAUAGUGCGGUACAGUUAUCUGAAGAUUUGGCCGUUUUCAGAUUCAGUGUUCCUCCCCACAAAGGAUCAAAAAGGCUUGAAAUCCGACCCGGACAGGCCAUCGUUCUAGACUUCAUGGAUUGGAUUGGACCGCCACAAUACCAGCACAUGUCUAACGCCAAGCCAAGUCUCAUAAACGAUGACAGAAUACGUACCUGGACAGUUUCAAGUGCCCACGAAGAUGGUGAAGCAUCUUGGUUCGAAUUGACCAUGCGCGAACUCAAAAAUGGUGCAGUAACAGGCGCUCUAUUUGAUAUCUUGAGGCAAUCCAAUAAGCAAUAUGGGACACCAAUCACCCCAAGAAAACCCGUCGUCGUCGAAGUUGUUGGCAUCACGGGCGACUUCUAUCUUGGGCAAACUAAUAUCAAUGCGCUGUGGGUAGCGGGAGGAAUCGGUAUAACGCCUUUUUUGUCAAUGCUGAGUGCACUUUCCACGCGAAAUCGGCCGGGCGGGUGUGAUAUAACACUGGCUCUGGCAACAAGAGAGCCAGCUCUCAUGGUGAACCUACUGAGACCGCUCCUUGCCAAUCUACCGUCGGACAUUCGAAUCGUGAUUGAUAUAUUCACGCACGUGAAUGAGUCCCAACUGGAUAAAACUCAGAGGGAAAGCCAGAAACUGUUUAUUCAUCGCGGUCGGAUUCCCGCUGAGUACUGGAUUAAGACUGCUGAGAAUAAAAAUGUACUGAUUUGUGGCCCGGGCGGGUUCGGAGACUCGGCGACGGAAGGAUUGCAAGCCGCUGGUGUGUCUUUGGAGAGAAUACAACGGGAGGGGUUCUACUAA